GGGUUAUCUACUCCUUGCAUUUCAAUAGCCCGAACGCGUCGCUUUACGCCUACUGAAAAAUGUUAAGUAUCGAGUGAUCAACCGUGUAGAGUUAAUCAAAGUCUGUUUACAGAUUGUGUGGCACAGAAUGACAAUGUUUUUAUCAACUCAACAAUAUUUGAUCUUAUGGAUAGUCAUGUCAUAUGGGUCCACAGCUUCUCUAGACAGAUGUCCAAGGAACUUCAAUAACAUCAGAGAAUACAAAACGGCACACAGAGAGAUGUGCUAUACUUUUAUCAACACAGAGAAGACAUGGGUGGAUGCCAGGAAGCACUGCUGGAGCUGGGGUGGAGAUCUCAUUACAAUCAAAGACCAGAAUAAAAUGAACUUUGUCAUCCACACCCUAAACGUCGUCCUCCGAUGGGGAAAUAAUGGAGUGUGGAUAGGAGCUCAUGCCAGAAAUGGCAGAGGAUGGGAAUGGGCUACAGGAGAGAGACUGACAUGGGGAUACUGGGCCCCUGGACAGCCCAGCAAGACUGGGGGCAUCAUUUCUAUUGAGGACUGUGCCCAGAUGAGGCGAAAAGAUGGAUGGAGGUGGCAUGAUUAUCACUGCGAUUCGUCACUAUUCUUCAGCUACAAAUUCAUCUGCGAAUUCCGUAAGCUGCCUCCAACUACCACGACUAGUACUACAAGUACUACUACUACUACUACUACUACUACCACUACAACACUACCUAGUACAACCACAACUAGUACUAGCACAUUUAGUCCUACGACUGAACUUAUCCUGUCCAAAACAAUCCAGACCAAAUCUAACUGGACCUCUGAAUCAGUGGAUCUAGUGAUUGAGCCAGAGCAUACAUUGUUUAAGUUUCAGAAGAAUGGCAUUGUUGCAGAUAAGUUGAACCAGGGAGAGGGCUCUGUCAGUUCUGUAGUAGGUGGAGGAUCAAGCAGCACAAACAAUGACACAGGUAUUUUGGCUGGGAUCAUUGUUGGAGGAGCUAUUCUCAUUUUAAUUAUUGCUGUUGGAACUCUGCUCCUCCGAAGGAGGAGGCAGAAGAAAUUUGAAGAGCCUUCAGUACAGUUCCAAAACUUGUCUUACUCAAGAGUUUCCCAGAAUGGACAAGAUGGCAAUGUAUAUAUGGAUACCAAUGAGAUGAAUCGACUGUAUGAAGAGGUGAACAAACAGGUGAACCAUGGUGUGAACUGCUUCAGUAGGACAGUGUUAGAUAUUUCUGUCCCAAGACCUGCUGAUACUGAAGAUAACGAGCAGGGUGCCCUCUGUGGAGGGGUCACAGAUGAAAGUGAUCUUAAAAAACUAAAUAAUGUCACGCAUGUGGCUCUUCCAUCUGAUACGAAAAAUCCACCUGAAGUAUCGGACAAUCAUUACGUGGACAUGAACUCUGGGAACAAAGCUAAAGAAACCAAUCGUCUGAUGGAGGCUAGUCGAGUAGUGGAUCCAAGCAAACCAUCAAACUUGGGUGGGGACAGAGAACCUAUGCCACUCCCAGUGUAUGCCAACAGUACCGAGAAUCUUCACGAGGGAACACCCGAGCUGUCAAGACAAUCAGCAGACUCCACUUACGUCAACAGCCAGGAGGGGUUCAUUGUGGAUGAGGAGGGCUACAUGACUCCAAGAACCACCCCUCAAAGGGACAGUUACCAUGACACCGAGUUAAUGGGAGUAGAUAAAGACCAGGACCCCCUGUACGCUGAAAUUCAUUAAAUUCAUGGAAAGUGUUAUCAAAUUUUAGAAUGUGUUAAAAAGUGGUCUUAAUCUCCAAUACAUGUAUGUCACAAAUUAGAGCUUCUUAAUACAUGUAACAGGGGAAAUUAUUGCAUGUACUUAUAGACGUCAUAUUGUGUUGAUGUAAACUUUUACACAAUUUUGUCGCUCUAUUUCAAGAAAUCCUCUGAGUCCAUAGUGUUGUACCUUGAAUUAAAGAUUCUGAGUAAAAUUGUAAUAUGUCUACCCUGAAGGGCAUUGGGGUAGUUUGUUAUGUAAGAAAGUUCAUAGUGUUUAGAAAUACUGUUGUUAGUAUUAUAUCACAUUGUUGCAUAUGUGGAAAAAACGAGAGAAAAUUUUCACCAGUAUACAGUGGAUACAAAUCUCAUUUGUAUACAUGAACUUGAUGAUAUAUGAUAGCUACAAUUCUGCAGCUCAUGAUGCAGUAGAACAGUAGGUAUUGUAAUGCCACAAAAAUACUUUGUAUAAACUAAAGAUCUACAUGUCUUGUAUGUCAAAGUAUUAUUCUAAUUGCUUUUGUAUAUAGGCAUUAUACAUGCAUUCAUAUUCAUGUAUGUUUGUGCAAACAUCAGAUUUUAUUACGCAGAAUUCUUUUUCCAUUUAAUGUUUAGAGAAUUUGGACCAUAGAUGCUUUCUAUUUCAAAUAUUUUACAGAGCUUGACAUAUAGUGCAAUGUUGUAGAUAUAUGUGCUAGAUAUAAACAUUUAAAAUGGAUAUUUUAUACCUUGUAGACCAAAAGUAGAUACUAUUUAUUGUGCUCUCUCUUGUGCUAUUUGUUUUUCAGUUUAGAUAUAUAGCAUAUUUUCUCAUUUCAAUGAUUUUUAGGGGGAAAAUCUACAUAAUUGUCUAAAAUUCCUUUUAACAGCUGUUUGCAAAGUUUUCUAUUUUAAAAUGUAUGAUUAUAUGAUUUAAUUACUUUGUUCUUCAUGCAAUUUACAUGUAGAAUAAAAAAUACAUUUGAUCUUUGCUGAAUAAAAGCCCUUUAGAAUUAUAUUUUGAGAUUACUUGAGACCAAACAUCAAAACUUGACAAUUUGGCAUGAGCUCUCAAGUACUUUGUAGUUUACAAAUUAAAUUGUGACUACUUCCUUAGGUCAUUAUUGAAUUGCUAAAUUAUUGAAGUGUAAAACACAAGACAGCCAAAGAAAAGUUGAAAAGACAAAAAAAUAAAAUGCUCUUCUACAUGUAUUUUGCAAAAUUGUGUUCAACACAGUUUAAGCAUGCUGUGAGUGGCUUGUUUUGCUUUUUUGUGUGUUGUGUGCGUUUUAUUAUUUUUUUUUUUUAGUUUGAAUGUUGAACAUUAUGUGUCUUUGUUCAGUUUUGGAUAAAACUUACAAGAAAGUUAUGUAUAUUGCGUGUUAUUGAAGAUUCGUUUUCUUAUCAACAGUUUCAUGACGUCAUUCUGUCAGACCAUAAUUUAGUGAAUAAGUACAAAGCAGGUUGUCCCUAUCACAUUCCUAAGUUUUUGAGAUUUUGUUGCUCACUUUUCAAUUGAUAUCGACCAUGUUUUUAAAGCUUCAUUAUUGAAUGUGAUAUUUUCUUACAUCACCAAUGUAUGUUGUAUAUGAUUUUGAAAAGAACAUUCAUCUGGUAUGCCAAACUGUAAAGGUGGUAAAAUGUAUUUAAAAUUAUAUAUAAGAUUGUGUGAAAUAACAUUUUACCGAAUCUAGUCAUUAAUAAUAUAUACAUGUAUAUAUAUGUGUGUGUGGUGUUUUUUUUUUUUUUUACCUGUUUUUAAAUGAUUUUAUAAUUUGUACAAGAUAGAAAAUAAAAAUUCUUGCAUAAUUA